AUGUCGAUAGUUGCUUGGCCAAUAUUUACUGAUUCAGCAUUUUAUAAUUCUCUUAAACAAUUUAAAAUUAAGCUGGAUGAACAAGAAUCUCAAUAUAAAAAUGCAAGAAUGUUUUUAGAAAAAACAAAGGCUAGUCGACAUGAUGAUAACCCAAAUGAUGCAAGCCAUGAUUGCCAAACAGAUCAUAAAUGUCAUAAUGAAUGUGAAUUCAAAGAAGUUCAUUCUGAUGGAAUUAUCCCAGUUUGUGUACACUUUGCUGCACAUCAAGGAAAACAUAGAUGCGAAGUUUCUCACGCGUGUAGUGCUUUAUGUUUAUGUACAAAAGAUAUUGGACAUGAAAGUAUAAAAGGAAAUGAGACACAUAAAUGUGACUCAGAAAUGCAUUAUUGUGGGGAACCAUGUUCCUUAGAAGCAACAACUUCAAAAGGACCAUAUAAAUGUCAAAAUGAGU